AUGGAGGUCAUCGCCCCUUAUGUCUCCCAAUUCCUGAACGCUUACAAUGCUACCGCUGCUGCUGAACCAUCUCUGAGUUAUUUCGAAACCAAAUGGUCGCAGAUAUUCGCUAGUGAUGAAAACAUACUAUGGACAUUCACCAUGGUCUCCUUCAUCCACCACGAGAUAAUAUACUUUGCUCGCUUCCUGCCAUUCUGGUUUUGUGACUUUGUACCUGCUCUAAGAAAGUACAAAAUCCAGAACAAGGACAAUACAUGGGAAAACAUUAGAAAAUGCUUCUGGGCUGUCCUCAUCCAACACUUUGUCGUCGAACUCCCUCUAAUGAUCAUGUUCCACCCCGUCGCAGAAUACUUUGGCAUGCAAAUCAAACAGGUGCCUUUUCCUCCUUGGUGGAAGAUUGCUUAUCAAUGUCUCGUCUUUUUAAUAUUCGAGGACUUUUACCAAUACUUUACACACAGACUGCUCCACUAUGGCUGGAUGUACAAAUACAUCCACAAACAGCACCACGAAUUCAACGCCCCUUUCGGUAUAACCGGUGAAUACGCUCAUCCCGUAGAAGUCGUCUUUUUGGGCAUCGGAACUAUUGGUGGGCCAAUCCUAUACGUCAUGGCUACAGGCGACUUGCAUAUCAUUACGGUCCUGUGGUGGAUUACUAUUAGACUGUUUCAGGUUAUUGAUGCUCAUAGUGGGUAUGAUUUCCCAUGGUCGUUACGACACUUUGUACCUAUAUGGAGUGGAGCCAUCUUCCAUGACUACCAUCACUCGCAUUUCGUAGGCAACUAUGGCUCAUCAUUCCGAUACUUGGACUGGAUUUUGGGAACCGACAAGGGAUUCCAAGAAUGGAGUAAACAACGAAGUACUGAAAAGGAGGCGGAAGCCAAAAGUCAAUAA